AUGUCUGAUAGUGAAGAGAACCAUCUUGCAGACAUUUUUGAUGAUGAAGAUGAUGUGAAGAAUCUCCAACCAGAAGAACAAGCUGAUGAUGUAAACAACAUAUAUGCACAGGCUACAGAUACUUUUGAUGAUAGAAGAGGCACCAAAAAGAACAUUGUAAGAAAAACACAAAGAAAUGAUGAAUUUGGUGACAGCAGCAGGUCCAAUGAAGUUGAUACUACAAGACAUUCCGGGUACUUUGAUGAAGGCAAUGAUGAAAUGGAAGAAGACCAAUACGCCAACGAAGACCCAGAAUCCCGCAAACGGAGACUUUUAGAAGAGAAAAUGGAUCAAGCAAUGAAAUCAAAGACCACAAGACGUCGUAAGGCAGAUGAAGACGACUUAGAAAGAAUGCAAGAUGAUAGGAUUGAUAGCUUGAAGGAUAAGAUGAUUAGGGCUGCUAAUGUUGAUGUUGAGAAGAAUAGUCAGGGCCAAAUUGCUACUGAGAAAUUGAAAAUGUUAAAAGAAGUAAUGAAUGUUUUAAGUAAAGCUGAUUUAGCUAUAUCCAUUUUGGAUAACAAUCUUUUGGAAGCUGUACGGUUAUGGUUGGAGCCUUUACCCGAUGCCCUGAUGCCUGCUUAUCAAAUUCAAAUGGAGCUUGUUCAAAGUUUAACUGCAUUACCUAUCAAAACUGAUCACUUGGUUGCCAGCGGUAUUGGUAAAGUAUUGGUUUUUUAUCAAAGAUCAAAAAGAACAGAACCCAAUUUGAAGAGAAUAGUUGACAGAUUGAUUAGUGAUUGGACAAGACCAAUUUUGAAUAAAUCUGACAGUUACAAGGACAGAACCAUACGAUUCCAUGAUUACAAUAAGAACAAAUAUGCUAACCAAUUACUGUCACAACGGAAACGUAAUAAGCUCAAGGAAUCCAAAACCUUGUAUGAAGAAAGUGCAGAAAGAAGAAAUAGGGCUGCUAUUCCUGCUGCCAGAACCACAGCAUAUAGAAUUGCUCCUAAAGUUAAUAUUGAUAUGCUUGCUAAGCAAAGAUCAACAGGUAUGGAUGAGAGAUUCAAGAAGAUUAAUCAGAAGAUGACUAUGUUAAAGGUCAAAAAGUCCGCAAAGAAAUCUGGACCUUCUAUAGAAGGUAGAAACCUUGCAGGUAUAUAA